AUGAACAUUGUUAUAGAUAUUGGUACAUCGGGGUUCAAAGGGAGUGUAUGUACCUUAACACAACAUUUCUAUUUCAAUCGACCCGUGGAUUAUGCUAAUGGUGGAGCUCAAGCUUUUUAUAUGGAAAAGGGAUGGCUUUAUGAUACCUUCAUCGAUGUGAGUGAUAAAAGGAAGUAUAACAAUCGUAUUUACGACAUUCACGAUAUUCUGCGUCUGUUGACUGAUAGCUCUGUGGUAAAUGAUCUGGUAGUGCGGAACCGUUGGUCCUUUGGGUGUGUACCGAAGGAAACAGGUGAUAUCGAAUUGACGGUGACAUACGGAGAAGAAAAACACAAGGAAUUGCUUUCUCAUCUGAUCGGAGACAUUCUAAAAUAUAUCGCGAAGAGAGUUAUUGCAGAGUUGCAUGGAGUGCUGAACGGGGUCAGUUUGAUUGUUCCAUGGGAUUACCAAGAGAGCCAAUUUAAAUUAUUGCGGAAUGCUUCCUCUGAGGCACAGAUGGGUAGAAUGCAGCUCAUCGAUGAGCGAAUUGCGACGAUUUUGCCUUUUCUCUAUUUCGGAGGAAUCAACCGUCAAGAUUGCUUGCUGUUUUUAUUUGAUUAUGGCAGUUCUGUGCUGUCCUUUUCGUUUAUUCGUUUGUGGCACGGCCACGUCAAGAUUCGAUCCAGCAGGCAGCUUCGCUCUUUCUCUGGACGCCGUCUGAAUCAGCUGAUCCUUAAGUACAUAUCUCUAAAGUAUCGUCGAACUGCCAAAUCGAGUCUUUUUCAAGAUGUGAAAGAUAUGGAUGCCCUCUUAGGAGAAUGCGAGUCUGCCAAGGAAAUGCUUUCCAAAAUGCCAAAUGUGGAUCUCUGUCUCACCAUUCUGGGAGCGAAGCUCGAUGUCUCUCUCCGAAGACAGGAGUUGGAAGCUCUUCUGCUUCUUCCUCUCCGUACAAUUCGAGAAGAGAUCAAAGAAUCGCUGAAGAAGAUCCAAUGGACCGCCGAGUCCAUCGAUCACAUCAUUGCUGUGGGAGGGAAUUCGAAGAUUCCCGCAGUGAUGAAGAUGCUCACCACGCUGUUUCCUUACGCAGAGAACAAGUACUGCCGUCAAAUCGCGAACCCAUCGACGUUGGGAGGCAGUCUGCUGCUGACGAACCAGACGAGCAGCUUCCGGGAGUAUCAUCUCUGCUAUCGCAUUCACUGUGAUGAUGGCAGCUACGCGCUUGUGGGGCAGAGUCCACAAAUGUUGACGAAGGAAAUCAUGCUUGUUCCCAUCGCUUCCUCUGCAAAGAAACCGUCUCCUACCAUCUUAAAGCUGAUCGUGGAAUGCUGCGAAGUGAAGAAUCUGACGCCUUCGAUCCCGAAUCCACCUUCCGAUUUGAGUUGUCAGCCUGGGUGGAGUUUCGUAUUUGGAUACACUUACAACCUGGACUUCAAGCAGUACUUCGGGUUCGAAGACUACUUAAAACGUUCUGUGGGCGAAGAGAAGACGAAUCCGUAUGCUGUGAAUUGUGACCUUCCCGCUUUAAAGCAGGAAUGUGUCCAGGUCAUUUGUCAAAUGAUGGAGGACGGACGAAUGGUUCUCUCAAUGAGUCAACUAUUCAGAGGUCGGCUCGUGCAGAACUCGACCGUUCGCUUUACGUUCUUUGAGGGAUGCGUCAUUGAAAACGAUAUUCCAAAUAACGAGGUGAUUCCGGAGCAUCAUUUAAUGGCGUUCCAUCUCCAAGAGCAGCAUCUCAGUCUUACGCCCACUUCUUCUGUGGUCUCUUCAUCGAUCCUCCCUGCUCUUCUUUCAGAUACCACACGCUCUCCGAUUCUCAUCGUUGAUCCAGAAGAGCGAAACCAUACUCUUCUCACAGAACCCAUCGUUAUUUCGUGUCCAAAUCGCCAUCUUCGCACACGAAACUUGCCACAACUCAUAAACGAAUACAGUCAAUUCAUUCUGAAACGAAACGUGUCACCGAUUAUCUCGAACACCAAUCUAAGCGAAAAGCAGAUCAUCAAAGCAAAACCCCUUCCAUUCUUUGAAGCAAAGCCAUAUGCUUCGACUGCAAACCAGCGUAUGUUCUUCGUAGGACCCGACGUGAGCAUGUCACCCAUCACAGCAUGCUGUUACAAAGGAAACUUCGAGAAUGGGCAUCGCCAAGGCCAGGGAACGGAAUUCAGCAUUUCGAACGAAACGGUGUAUAAGGGAUUGUGGAAGAAUGAUAAGUACAAUGGAGAAGGAACUCUGUGGAUGCCGGACGGCUGUCGCUUUGAAGGAACGUUUGUGGAUGGAAAGCUGAACGGUGAAGGGUACUUCUAUCGAGCGAAUAAGAGCAUGGGAUUUCAUGGACAGUUCGAAAAUGGCGAGAAGAAUGGAGAUGGAGUCGAGUAUGAGGAAGAUGGCAGCGAAUAUCACGGCACAUUCAAACAUGACAAGCGAAAUGGACACGGCAUUGUGAAGAAAGAGGACGAAACUCUUUUUGACGGCGAAUGGGUGGAUGGAAUGAAAGAAGGAAAGGGUAGAGAGAUUCAGAGACGCACGAUUUACGAGGGAAGCUUCAAGCAAGGCGAGCGGCAUGGAAAAGGCGUGCUUUCUCGCCAAGAUGGGCAACUCAUCUACGAUGGAGACUGGGUGAAUGGAAAGAAAAGUGGCGAAGGGUGCGAGAUUCUGAAAGGAGGAAUCAAAUAUGAGGGCAGUUUCCGCGAUGAUCGAUACGAAGGUCAUGGCAAGCAAUGGCAAGAAAAUGUGCUCGUGUUCGAAGGAUAUUUCCUCAACGGUCAUCGCGAGGGUCCUGGGAUUGUGUAUAGCCAGGAUGGCUCGAUCGCGACCAAGGGAAUGUUCCACAAAGACCGGCUGAACGGAGAAUGCACGAUCUACAACGGAUCUCGCUCUGUGUAUUAUACGGGAAUGGUCACGAACAACUUACCGAACGGGCAUGGCACGGAAUACACAGCGAGCGGCGACAUCUAUGAAGGCGAGUUCGUGAACGGAAAGUGGCAUGGGCAUGGACAGCUUCGGACCAGCGAUCUGCACCUCAAAUACGACGGAGAAUGGAAGUACGGACUGCGCCAUGGAGAGGGAAGAAAUAUCGACGAUCAGGGCAUGUAUGUGGGAGAAUAUGAGAAGGGGUUGAAGCAUGGAGAGGGCGAACUGGUCUUUUAUAAUCAAGAUCGCUAUGUGGGGGAGUUUAUGGACGAUCUGUUUAAUGGGAAUGGGAAAUUGAUCAGUUCGGAUGGAAGAGUGGUGUAUGACGGAGAAUGGCGAAAUGGAAUGCGCUGCGGGGAGGGGAAGAUUUAUUUUGAGAACGGAGAAUACUAUCAGGGCAGCUUUUGCGAUGAUAUGAUGUAUGGGAAGGGAGUGUGUUUCUAUUCAAACGGAUUGCCGAAGUAUGUAGGUGAAAUGCGGAACAAUCAGCGAAAUGGCGAAGGGAUCGAAUAUGACACGAAUGGAGAGAUCUUGGAACAAGGGUUCUAUGUGAAUGAUGAGUGCAUUAUCCCCAUUGAAUAG